AUGGCGGUCGAACUCUCUGACAACGACAAGUACGAGGUUAAGGAGAUCAUUGGACGAGGCGCAUUCGGCAUAAUUCGAAAAGUUCGCAGGAAACAAGAUGGCCACAUCUUGUGCCGCAAAGAAAUCAACUACCUUAAGAUGUCACAAAAAGAACGCGAUCAGCUACAUGCCGAGUUCUCGAUCCUUUCCUCGUUGAAACAUCCAAACAUUGUGGGCUACUUUCACCGCGAACACCUGAAGCAGACGCAGGAACUUUAUCUGUACAUGGAGUAUUGCGGGGGCGGCGAUCUGGGGUCGGUCAUCAAAGAGCUCAAGAGAAAGAAUGAGUACGCCAAAGAAGAUUUUGUCUGGAGGAUUUUCAGCCAGAUUGUUACGGCCCUCUACCGCUGUCAUUAUGGCGUUGAUCCACCAGAGCCUGGGAGCGACCUCUCACGACAGAAAGUUCGGCCUCCGGUGGCUGGCAAGAUGAUCCUACACCGAGAUCUCAAACCAGAGAACAUUUUCCUGGGAGAAGACCAGUCGGUGAAACUGGGAGACUUUGGUCUCUCGAAAUUGAUGCAGUCACACGACUUUGCCUCGACUUACGUCGGCACACCCUUCUACAUGUCGCCAGAGAUCUGCGCUGCCGAGAGGUACACCCUGCACUCAGACAUCUGGUCAUUGGGCUGCAUCAUGUACGAACUCUGCGCCAAAGAGCCUCCGUUCAAUGCCAAUUCACAUCUCCAACUAGUGCAGCGGAUCAGAAAAGGCGACUUCAAACCGAUCCCUUCCAUCUACUCGAAAGAUCUUGCUAAUGUCAUCGCAAAUUGUCUGAAGACGAAUCCUACCCACCGCCCAGACACAGUGUCGUUGUUGACUGUGCCUUAUGUGUGGAUAGCCAGGCGGCAACAAGAGAUGGUCAACAUUGCAAAGACCCUCAAGACCAGGGAAGAGAUUGCCGAGCACAAACUGAAGCAAGCAGAGGAGAGAUUAUCGGCUCUGGAAGCAGACCGAGCGGCGAUGAAGGCAACGAUUGACGACCAGCUCCGGCGUGAAUGGGAGCUGAAGGCUCGGCUCGAGAUUGAGCGCCAGAUCCAAAUCGAGAUAGAGGGUCUGCGGAAGCAAUUUGACCGCGAAGUCCAAGCACGCGUGGCGGAGGUCCUCGCUAAACAGCAUCAUGCUGCAGGUGCGAGAGCGCUGAGAGAGAUCCAUAACCCACCAGGCUUCGACAAAGAGAAUUACAACCAUGCCUCCUCCGUGAAUACUUCUGGUGAAGAAGACUUUCCAUCCACGACCGACCUUACCGACCUCUCUGAUCUCUCUUUGAAUUCUCCGGAUGUUUCGAGAGAACAAGCAGCGCCGCCAAAGAAGGCCAGAACACCCUUUGUCAGAUCGAAGACCAAUCUAGAUUCGCCGGCAGACGUACAGAUGUCUGAGCCUUCGCCGAUCUCCAUCUCGGGUCUUGCCCUGUCACCACGAAGAACUGCGGCCGCGCAGCUCACGGCCAACUCUACAGUGACCGCUGCGGGUGCUCGGAACAUAUUCGCAGAAGCUGAACGGCAAAAAGCCAAAUGGGAGCCUCAACUCGCUUAUUCGUCCGACGAAGAGAAUCAUGAUCUUGAGGAUGAUUCGGAAGAUGACGGAUUCCCAGACCUCGCCAGCCCAACUCGAGUAAAGGCAGCCAUUGCGAACACCGAUCCAUUCAAGAACCCACAGCCGCCACGUCUGCGGACAAAGCCUGGUCUAGUGAGACACAACACCACAGGGGUCGUGCAGAAACUUACGACCAAGCCAACGCUCUUUCCUUCCAGCGGUGCGGCUGCUCAAGUGAGAGCCGGCAUUGCUUCUUCAAACAAGAUGUGCGGCAAAGCCGUUAGCGAUGGAGACAUCAGAGCUGUCGGCGUCAAAGCAACCAGCCCGAAUAGACGUCUCAGCAAAAUCCCAAGCAGGACGGAUCUCAGGGAACAUGUCGCUUGUGAGAAUGGCAGCACAAGUCCGCUCCGACGUGCAGCCACGACUGGGGGCAAGCUGGUCAGCAAGCUUGCCGGUUCCAAGCAGCCUGCCAUGGGGACCGGCGUUGGCGGGCGUACACUCGUUGAACUUGCUCAAGCCCGAGCGGGAGGUCGUCCAAUGAAUGCAGAACUAGGAGGCAACCUCUAUUCUGAUCCCAAACAUACUUUGGAUCGGAAACUUGUUGACAAGGAUCUUCCUGAAAUCCCGCCUGUCUGGGAUCCUGAGAUCUUGGGGGAUGAGAUGCCCAGUCCCUUCCUCAAACGCGAUGUGAGAAAUGUUCGCAUGAUGCGAUGA